AUGAACGAUCAAACAGGCGGGUUCCAUGGGAUUGAGCCACCUACGACUGCUCGAGCUAUUCUUCACACCACUCGUGGAUCGCUGGAGAUUGAACUUUGGGCAAAGGAGACGCCGAUAGCUAGUCGCAACUUUCUGCAGCGGUGUGGUGAAGGUUAUUAUGAUGGCACGACAUUUGGGCGACUCAUUCGAGGGUUCAUAAUUCAAGGUGGUGCUGGAUGGCGUGAUGCAGCAGGUAGUGGAGGAUUUCCAGACGAGUUUCAAUCACGUCUCAAGUUUAAUCGUCGUGGGAUUGUGGGGACUGCGAACGUAGAGGGGGUUCGAAAUAGUAACGGUUCUCAGUUUAUAAUGACACUUGCGCCUGGAGGAGCACCACAGCUGGACGGGAAAAAUACUGUUUUUGGGAAACUGACGCCGCAAAGUUUGUACACUCUUGCGGAAAUGGUAUCUGAUGAUGUGGCAAUGGAGGCACCUGAAGGUGAAGAUGGAGAUGAUCGGCCAUUAUAUCCUGUUGUGAUUGAGCGCGCUGAGGUUGUGGAGCCGUAUUUUAAGGACAUUGAGAUUAAGAGUAUGGAAGAGCGGGCACGGGCCAAAAACGCAGUGAAAGAAGAGAAGCAACAACAAAAGAAAAGGGAGAGUGUUCGGGGGAAGAAGGUGAAACAGCGAGUCAAGGUUGCUUAUGAUGGAGACGAAGAUGAGGAAGAGGAAGAGCCAGCAAAGAAACGCAAGUUUGUGAUGAAAACACCAGCAAUAAAGAGCAAGAAGAAAAAGAUAAUUACAGAAGAGCCUGAGGAGCCUGAGGAGCCUGAAAAGCCUGAAAAGCAUGAAAAGCCUGAAAGGCCCGAGAAGUCAGAGGAGCAAAUAGUACCUGAAAAGAAAGCUAAAAAAAUUCAAAGUAGCCCAGAAGAAUCUCUUCAGAGUAACAACUCGAUACAAAUCGAAUCGUCUUCUUUACAUGCUUCAUCUGUCAAAACGCCAGUAACUGCAGGUGUUUCAGUCAAAACAGCAGCCGAGCUGCGAGCCGAAUUUGAGACACUUAAAUCUGCGCUUAAACAAAAAUCUGAGAAGUCAACAGCAUCCGAAAAGUCCACGGCCAAAGCUAUGGAAGGAGACGACGAAAUGGCACGAUAUGCUAAGGCAUCUAAAGCACGGGCCAAAAAGGGGACUGAGAGAAGGGAAGCUGAAACUUUGGCACUGCUACGCGGUUUCCGUGCACGGCUUGUUGGUGCUACAACCUCGUUUCCAUCGACAGAAGUAAACGCUAAAAAUGGUAGGAAUGAUUCAAGUGAUGAAGAAGCUGGGGGUGAUUUGUCUGACGAAGAGAACGAUGAUCCAUACUCGUUAUACAUGCAUCAGUUUGGGAGCAAAGGUCAUGGAAAUAAUAGGAAAGAAAGAGAAAAAGAAGAUGACGGUGAUAAUGAUGAUGGUGAUGGUGAAGAAGAAGGAGGAGAACCCCGUGAUGAUUCUUUAGGGAAGCAGCAGCAGCAGCAGCGACGGAAACGGUUUGGUGGGGCUACGGUGAGUACACGCGAUGCAAAGUUGAUCGCGCAGGAUGAUGAGAAAAAUAGAAAAGCUGGGAAGUACUUGCGUGAAGACCCUGAUGGGUCAUUAGCACGGAGACAGCGGCAAUAUAGUAGUAGUGUACGUGAAGGAGGUAGUCGGGCCAGAGAGCGGGACGCGUACCGGGCCCGUAAGGCUAAGUCUGGUUUAUAG